UACUUCAAAGUCAGAAGGAAAUGAAGCCACAAUGUGAACAAAAGAGCUCUAACAUUUUUUUUUCUCCUGCUGCCUCCCUCCCUCUUCACCGUCCUCCCCACAUAGAGCUACUCUACCCCACUUUGGUUGCAGUGUGACAUCCCUGCCUGCCCGAGGAAGAAACAAUGAGCAGGGACUGCAACUGCAGACAAGUGUCACCCAGAAGCCACAAGUUUCUGUAAGCACCAGGUCUACAGACCACCCAAGGCAUAGCAAUGGCAUUAUCACUGGAAGAAUUCGUCCACUCUCUUGACCUCAGGACCCUACCCAGGGUUCUAGAAAUCCAGGCAGGCAUCUAUUUUGAAGGCUCUAUUUAUGAAAUGUUUGGAAAUGAAUGCUGUUUCUCAACAGGAGAAGUUAUUAAAAUUACUGGUCUCAAAAUUAAGAAGAUCAUAGCUGAAAUUUGUGAGCACAUUGAAGGUUGUGAGUCUCUACAGCCAUUUGAACUGCCUAUGAAUUUUCCAGGUCUUUUUAAGAUUGUGGCUGAUAAAACUCCGUACCUUACUAUGGAAGAAAUCACAAGGACCAUUCAUAUUGGACCAAGUAGACUAGGGCAUCCUUGCUUUUAUCAUCAGAAGGAUAUAAAACUAGAGAGCCUCAUCAUAAAGCAAGGUGAGCAAAUCAUGCUCAACUCAGUUGAAGAGAUCAAUGGAGAAAUAAUGGUGAGCUGUGCAGUGGUAAGAAAUCAUCAAAAUCAUUCAUUUAAUUUGCCUUUGUCACAAGAAGGAGAAUUCUACGAGUGUGAAGAUGAACGUAUUUAUACUCUAAAGGAGAUUGUUGAAUGGAAGAUUCCCAAAAACAGAACACGAACUGUAAAACUUACAGAUUUUUCAAAUAAGUGGGACUCAACGAAUCCAUUUCCUAAAGACUUUUAUGGUACCCUGAUUCUCAAGCCUGUUUAUGAAAUUCAAGGUGUGAUGAAAUUUCGAAAGGAUGUAGUCCGCAUCCUCCCCAGCCUAGAUGUCGAAGUCAAAGACAUUACUGAUUCUUAUGAUGCCAACUGGUUUCUUCAGCUGUUAUCAACACAAGAUCUUUUUGAAAUGACCAGUAAAGAGUUCCCCAUAGUGACUGAAGUCAUAGAAGCACCUCAAGGAAACCACCUGCCCCAAAGCAUUUUACAGCCUGGGAAAACCAUUGUGAUCCACAAAAAAUACCAGGCAUCAAGAAUCUUAGCUUCUGAAAUUAGAAGCAAUUUUCCAAAAAGACACUUCUUGAUCCCCACUAGCUAUAAAGGCAAGUUCAAGCGGCGACCAAGGGAGUUUCCAACGGCCUAUGACCUAGAGAUCGCUAAGAGUGAAAAGGAGCCUCUUCAUGUGGUGGCCACCAAAGCCUUUCAUUCCCCUCAUGACAAGCUGUCAUCUGUAUCUGUUGGGGACCAGUUUCUGGUGCAUCACUCAGAGACGGCUGAAGUCCUCUGUGAGGGAAUUAAAAAAGUGGUGAAUGUUCUGGCCUGUGAAAAAAUUCUCAAAAAAUCCUAUGAGGCAGUGCUGCUCCCUUUGUACAUGGAAGGAGGUUUUGUAGAGGUGAUUCAUGAUAAGAAACAGUACCCAAUUUCUGAGCUCUGUAAGCAGUUCCGCUUGCCCUUCAAUGUGAAGGUAUCUGUCAGGGAUCUUUCCAUUGAAGAGGACGUGCUGGCUGCUACACCAGGACUGCAGUUGGAGGAGGACAUCACAGACUCUUACCUACUCAUCAGUGACUUUGCCAACCCUGCGGAGUGCUGGGAAAUUCCUGUGGGCCGCUUGAAUAUGACUGUUCAGUUAGUUAGUAAUUUCUCUAGGGAUACAGAACCAUUUCUAGUCAGGACUCUGGUAGAAGAGAUCACUGAAGAGCAAUAUUACAUGAUGCGGAGAUAUGAAAGCUCAGCCUCACACCCCCCACCUCGCCCUCCCAAACACCCCUCAGUAGAGGAAACAAAGUUAACCCUGCUAACCUUAACAGAAGAAAGGACGGCGGACCUGCUCAAGUCUCCCAAGCAUCACCACGUAGACAUAUCCAAGAAACUUCACCAGAAUCAAGCCGGCCUGGAUUCAAAAGUACCAGUUGGUAGUCAGAAUGAUUUCGUGGAUGUAGAGAAUGAGAGGAGCAACUGUGGGGCCACAGCAGUAGCAGGUACUAACGUGACUACAAAAAUGUUCAAAAAUGAAAAACAUCAGAAAUAACAAGAUGUGACAGAAGCCACUUAGGCAGCAAGCAUAAAUGUUGCAGUGAAAAAGGAAGCUAGCCUUCUAACUGAAAAGCAAGUAUUUCCCAACAGACUCCAGAAGAAACUUGACUCAUCGCUGUAAACAAGAGAACAACCUUAAACGUCUUAACAGAUAAAACUUAGAGAAACCUAUGGUAUAGAAUUCCUAUAGUCUAUUCUGUUGUGUCUAAGCCUGUAUGUAUUGUUUUGUUGUUAUUUAGGAGAUAUUUAUUUAAGGUACACAUUUUGGGGGAGGUGUUCUUAUUUCUACUACCAACAACUAAGUAAUUGAGAAAUAAUUUUGUAUGUCAGUUUCUGAGUAAAAGCAGUCUGAAAUGGGAUAAAAGCCCACCAAAUAUUUUCCUUUUUUUCAGAAUGUGUUUUGCCAUUUUUAGUGCUAUCAUCAUUUCUAACAAGACCUAAAGAAAAAUAAUUUUAUAUCUGAGUGACUUAAAAUGUCCAGGUUUCUUAUCCACAUCCCUUGGAUCUGUGGAAAGGAGUCUGGCUUCACAUUCGCAGUGUAUUUGUAAAAUGCACUGUGUAAUGAAUAUGUUUGAAUUUCAACAGCCAAAGCCAUUGAGAGUCAUAGGAGUUUUUCCACAACCUUCUCUUUUAUUCCCCAACAACAACUUCAUGACUGAAAUUUCACCAGAUUUCUGAUGUGAUGUCUUAAUAUUUUAUGUACUAUAUACCAGAUAAUUCUUUAGAUGAAUGUUUAUUAGGAUUGUAGGAAAAUUAUCUAGUUAAUCAUAACUUUUGAUGGAAAGAAAAAGGCAAUAAAAUUAUAAUGAGGUAUAAUAAAUUUGGUUGACAAUAAACCAAAGGGAUUCUUAAUUAGUAUACAUUAGAAUUAUGUUCUCAUAGUUGUAUCAUCUAUAAAAAUAACUUUAAGGGCUCUCACAUGUUGAUAAUUUAUCUUAUUAUGUAUUAAGUAUAUAAGAACAAUAUUAUUUUUCCUCUAACAGAAUGAAGAGACAGGCUAUCUGGUUAAUGUUACAUAGGAAUUUAAUAGUAAAGCUUGAACUUCAUCCAUAGAUCAUACUCUGUACAAAAUCUGCUAGCUAACAUCCUAUCUCAUACUUAUUUUAUGUUAUAUGGAAAAAUUUGUUGAUUUUGUACCAAAGUGUUUCUGAAGACAAUAAAUUGUGAGUCAACUUUUUAACAAAAGAAAUACAAUUAGAAAUUUUUCGAUGUUUAUAUUCUGAUUAAGCUUACUUUCCCUUAUUGUUUUUCUUUUUAAGCGAUAACGAAUCCUGAUUUCUAAUGUUCUAAAAAUUGCUUUGUGGUAAUAUCAUUUCUUAUCUACAAUUUCUAGAAUUUUAUGGGAUAGUUUUACUUUUAUUUAUUCUGCCUGUACAGACAAGAACAAAAACUUUUCUAAGCCCUACAUUUCGUAUUGAAGGCCACAGCGAAUCUUCACUCAACCUAACAACUUUGACCAAAUGCAUUAUGGGUGUUUUAGACUCAUAUAAUUUGUUCUUUUCAAAUAAUAGUGAAAAAUUAAUAUUUUUAUUUGGAAUAUGAGAACAAUUAAAUUUGUACUUUUAGUAAGAACGAUUCUUUGAUUAGAAAAUUAAGAGAAUGCAUACCUUACUUUGGUUGUAAAUUAUCAAGGCCUUUCUAAUAGAAAUCAUAUAUAACAUUUCUAAAUAUAAGUCCUUUCACAUACUGUGCUUCCAGUUGUCUUAAUAUUGAAAAGUGUAAUAAACUUCUUGUUCAACUAUUGGAGAUUUGGAAGAUUGAAAAUAAAUUUCCUAAUUUUUAUUUGUAUGUGUUCUCUUCUAUGUUUAACUCUAGAAUAACUAUCUUCCUGUAACAAUUAAGUUAAAAUAUUCUUUAACUAGGAUUGAAAUCAAUUGGUCACUAAGGAGGGCGCUGCUUGUUUUUUGUUUUUUUUUUUUAAAAAAAAAAAAAAAAAAAAAAGGCCAGGAGGAGAGAGAUUGUCCUCCCUGUGUCCUCUCCAUCCCCUAUGAACUUACAGUGCUGAGCUCAAGCAUAAUGACCAAACUUCACAGCAUGGCAAGCUGCAGAGAUAGGUGCCAAGACUACCAAUUAUUAAUACUGGCUGCUUCCUAAUUGAAUCAGUCAAGCAGUUUUGGAAAAGACUGUCGGAAAGGAGUGAGAAAUGAAAAGAGGAAAAUGUGAUUGUUGAGAUGGGCUAGCUCAACUCAUAUCCAGGAUUUUAAUAUAAAAACAGUUUAUUUUAAGAUCAAAGUCAACAUGUAAUGAGACUUAUAGGUAUUUAAACAGUUAUUGGUUCAAGUUGCCUCUAAAAGGAAGAUAAUGUGUAAAACUCUGGGGAGAAUCAGAAUUAGGAUCUAUUUCAGUAGGCUGAAAUACUAAAAAUGAAAUCCAAAGGAAUAAAAGUAUUCUUUUGAUUUUAUCAUGAAAAUAUUUCCACAAUUGUAACACUUCUGACUGCUUCUACUUCUACUGCUGUGGUCCCAGCUUCAGUCAUCUCUUUUGGAUUAUUGCAAAAACCCUGUAACAAUUCUUCCCAUUCCAGCUCUUGCUGCCUAUCAAGCUAUUCUGAUUGUGAGAGCCAGAAUGAACUCAUUAAAAUAUGUGCUAUUAUUACACACCACAGUGAUGUGCUACCUCAUUCAGAAUAAAAGCCAAAAUUCCUAAAACGAUCUAGAAAGGUGUACACAAUCUAUUCCCAUUAUCUCUAUGGAUUCUUCUUAUUCACUUUGCUCAAGUCAUGCUGACCUUCCCAUUUGAUAUGGUUUGGGUGUGUCCCCACCUAAAUCUCAUCUUAACUUGUAGUUCCCAUAAUCCCCACAUGUCAUGGGGGGCACCCCGUGGGAGGUAAUUCAAUCAUGGGAGUAGUUUCCCCCUUGCUGUUCUCCUGAUAGUGAAUGAAUUCUCAUGAGAUCUGAUGACUUUUAUAAAGGCUUUUUUCCACUUUUGCUCAAAACAUCUUGCUGCCACCCUGUGAACAAGGAUGUGUUUGCUUCCCCUUCUUCCGUGAUUAUAAGUUUCCUGAGCCCUCCCCAGCCAUACUGAACUGUGAGUAAAUUAAACCUCUUUCCUUUAUAGAUUGCCCAGUCGUGGAUAUGUCUUUAUUAGCCGUGUGAGAAUGGACUAAUACACCAUUAUUCAUCAACUAGGCCAGGGCUAGUUCUAUCCCAGGGCCUUUGAAUUUGCUGUUCUCCCCACCUGGAACACUUUUAGCUCACCCCUCCAAACAGAUCAGUCCCAUACUUCCUUCAGGCUUUCUCAGUGUGGCCUGCCCUGGCCACCCUAUCUCAAACUGUAACCUCAACUCCUCUUGGUCUUUCUAGCUCCUUCCCUGCCUUAAUUUUCUGCAUAAUAGUUUAUUCUAUCUAACAUAACAAGUUAUAUAUUUUACAUGUCCUGUUUCUUUUCUGUCCCUUUUAAACUAGAAUGUAAACUCCCUGAAGACAGGAUUUCUUACUGGUUUCUGCAUUACACCCAGGCACUUAGAAUAGUGUCUGGCAUAUAUCUGGGACUCAAUAUAUGUUUGCUGAGUGAACUGAUUAAAGUCAGGAAUAUGACAACUCAGGUCUGAAUACUGACUCCCUAUUUACUGGGUUGCCUUGGAUAAGUUUGUGAGCCUCUUUCUGCUUCAAAUUCCUAUAUAUAUGUAAAAUAGGGAUUAAAAUAGAAUCUGCAUUGUAAAGUUGUUGUGAUAAUUUGAUGAAUUAAUAUAUGUAAAGUGCUUUGAGCUUUGGCAAAAAGUAAGUCCUCAAUACAUUUAUCUGUUAUUAUUUUAUAAUAUAUAUCUGUUCUAAAUUAUAUGUUAAAUGUUAGAUCAAGGCUUUUUAGUUUUGGAGUCUGGCAUCUUUUCUUCUUUGGGUUUUCUUUCUUUCCCACUUCCACUGUUAUGUGCCAUCACAAAUACUCAUCUACUCCUUGUUAUCUUAGCUCUGGUCCCCUAGAAGCACAGGUUAAGGGGGGAGAUCCUCAUUCAGUGGUUUUUUGGAGUGUUCUUAGGAGAAACCUGUAUGGAAGUGGAAGAAGCAGAGCAGGACAUGAGAAUAUCUAGAUAAAUAUGUGGUUUUAUGAGAAGUCCAACCUAAUCUUUCCAGCCCGAUCCUAAGGAUAUCCUGGAGCAUGGAUUAUACUACUAUGCUGAUCCCUCAGCUGAACCUUUGAAAAUUUGUUCCAAAGUCAAGCACCUUCCAAAUUGUGUACUAUAUGAUGGGACAAAUGAGUCCCAUAGGUGUAUCCCACUGUUGCGUCUCCCUUGUGAUGAAUUGUGUCACUUGGUCUGAGAUGAUGUAACAGGAUAUCAUGUUGGGAGAACAGAAAUUCUGUGACCCCUCUGUGGCAGAGCUGGCUGAGGCACUGAGGAAAGGGAAAGCAAACUAAUACCUUUAAUAUGUUUCAAUUUCAGUUAUGAGAAAGUAUAGAUUCUUCUGGGAUCAAAGGGAUUCAAUGUAAUAAAAUUCUUACCAACUGACUAGAUUGUUUCUCCAAAGAUGGCACCUUAUCAGGGAGAGGGCCAAACAGUGGUCUUUGUGACAGGGAAGUUGAACCCUCAACAGUAACAGUAACGAGGUCAACCUUUGUGAGAAAGUUCAUGCUGUUGGCCCAUGACUUACAGUCACAUCUGCCAUCGUGGUUUCUCCACUCAUGAGUCCUUUGUGUAAGUACUGGGGUCACUAAGGACAGAGGCUAGUUGAUAUCUACUGAUUCAGUCAACCUGUCUAAUUGAUUUUAUAAUACAGAUGCUCUCUGCUGAACACUAAUGUGCUAUACAAAAUGUUCACAUCUUUUCUUCAUUUCUACAGGUAUGGUCAUCCUCUUCUUCAGAUAUUUUUUUCCUUCAUAUUCAACUUUAUCUGUAUCCGAGUAUUUGACUAACCAGCUAAGCCAUUUGUUAUUGAAGCCACUUGUUAAGGAGUUUAUGUUUAUCCUGGUUGCAGGCUGUUUUUCUCUUUACACUCAAAGUGGACAACCAGAUGCACGCAACUCUGUCCACCGGGAGGAUUUCAGUUCAUCAUUGUCUUUCAGACUCUUUCCUAAGUGGGGCUCUCGUGCAACAGUAAUCCAUUUUGGGCCUCUGCUAAUACACCAGGUUGACCCAUCCAUGAAUGACUCCACUUCAUUUUAUUAAUUGUUUCUAGAGAACCUCACCAUGAUCUCUGGAAGUGUAAGCUGAAUAAAAAAUGCAGGUACAACAACGGUGAGUGAGUGACUUGAGGGUCUCAUCAGUCACUCAUUGGCAUAGCUCACUGGUAUCAUCUGGACCUGCUCCACCCCAGUCCUGAAUGUGCUGCUUCUAUCUUGCAAAGUGCUGCUGCUGCUGCUGGGCUUACUUGAUCUUAUGAAUUCAUGUGUCUGAUAGCAACCAGCUCAAGACGGCAGCCUCAGUCUUAUGAUUACACAAUGUUCCAUUGUCAUAUAUCAGUUUUCUACUUGGUAAAGUAGCAUGGUGACAGCUGCUUUUCAAAUGUUGUGUAGUUCUGUGAUAAAAUGUUAUGGCCAUGUUCCAGGGAUUGCACAGUAAUUCUGUUAGAGCUUGCCAGAGAUUUUAUUCAGAGCAGUAUACUCAAGUGUGGUAUAAACUGCCUAUCCAACUCCAAAAGCCUUGCUAAAUGCUUUCUUAGUGGAAAGAGGUGUAAAGUACAUGCUAUGGUCUGAAUUUGUCGGUGUCUUCCAAAAUUCAUAUGUUGGAAACCAAUACCCAAUGUGAUAAUACUAAAAUAUGGGCCUUUACAGAAGUAAUUAAGUCAUGAUGGCUCUACUCUCAGGAAUUGGAUGAGUUAUCUUAAAAAAGAGGUUGAAAAGAGUGUCCUUUCUCCCUUCUGCCAUGUGAGGAUGCAGCAAAAGGUGCAUCUUUGAAAUAAAGCAAGCCCUCACCAGACCUCAAAUCUUCUGGUGCCUUUAUCUUAGACUUCUUAGCCUCCAGAAUGGUGAGUAAUAAAUUUUUAUUCUUUAUAAAUUACCCAGUCUAAGGCAUUUUGUUAUAGCAAUCCAGAACAAAUAAAGACAAUGCAAUGACUUGUUCUUUGUCUGAGGAGAUAUCCUAGCUUCCUUAGCUCACUGGAAUCCUAAAAAUUUUAUCCAUAUGGCAACAUCUUGAAUGUUUGCAAGGUUUAUCUAACAGUCCCUGGAUUGUAUGUGUCUUACGAGGAAGCCCAUAGUUCUUUACAUCUUGUCAAAAUAACAGUAUUUUUCUAAUAAUGAACCAUCAUGAUGUAUUAUAGCAUUUCCAGGUGAACUUGGUCAUUUGGACUCUGCUGUGGCAGAAGGCAGGAGAGUUAGAAUUGCCCUGAGGUUGAAAUUGACAUGAGAACUGUUUUUGAUCCUUCUUAAAAGAUAUUAAAAAGAAUGAACUUGCCUGGUCUAGUAAAUUUACUGGCCUGGUAAAAAUAUAGUACUUGUUAUUAGGGUCACUACUUGGCUAAGUUUCCUGUCAGUUAUGUAAUAUAUCAGGUUUUUGUAGGGACCUGCUGCUAAAUUAAAUGUAAAUAUGACAGAGUCCAUCAUCCCUGAAUUCUUUAAACCUUUGAGGGUAGCAGUGAUUUAUGCCAAUAUACUUAGAAUACAACAUUUGUUUUAUAUUUAUUACUUCGGCCAGGAGUAAAUGAAGGUAGUUUCAUUCAACUCAGCUUUUUGUAUUAUAAUAGCUCUUUCACCACAAACCAAGAAACCAUUGUUAUGGUUCCAAGAGCCAAUAUAUAUGUCUGUUUUGAUUAUAACCUGAAAAAUGAGGAAAUGACCAUGGGUAGGGUCUGUAAAACCAAUGCACCCAAUGUGAGAUGGACCUGACCAAGGAGAUUAAUUAUUAUCUGAUCCUCACAUGCUCCUAUCAGAGAGAACUUGUACUGAGUAUUUAUGAAAGUAUAAAUCUAAGCACUCUUUACAUAAUUAUUACAAUUGUUUAUUAUGUAUUCUGUUAUUAAUAUGCCAAAGUGGUACUAAAGAAUGCGAGCUAGAUACAUACCCCUUUCGGUGACUAGCAAAGUACUUAAGCUGUUAAGCUGUGGGACCCUAGUCCCUGUGGCUUGUGUUUGCUGAUGUGAUCCUCACUCAACAUAUUCCUGUCAUUUCUUGAGAACAGUGAAAUGAUUGGACACAUAAGAAGCUGCAGCUUGGUGUCUGAGCCCUCCAGGACUUUCUUGCCCCACACAGUACUUGCUAUCUGUUUCAUACCCUUUAUUAAAGCUAAGUAAACUUAGUGCUUGGUAAAUGUAUUGUUUCUUGUAUGCUUGAUUGACAAUAUGAAUGUAAAACUCAUUCUAAUGGUCUUGUUUUUGCAAGAGUACAAAAUAAACAUAAAAUACUAGAAAUAAUUAAUAUGGUUUGGCUGUGUCCCUACCCAAAUCUCAUCUUGAAUUCCCAUGUGUUGUGGGAGUGAGUCAGUAGGAGGUAAUUGAAUCAUGGGGGCAGGUCUUUCCCAUGCUGUUCUUGUGAGAGUGAAUAAGUCUCACAAGAUCUGAUGGUUUUAAAAAGGGGGUUUUCUCUUCAAAAGGUCUCUUAUUUUGUCUGCAACCAUGUAAGAUGUGCCUUUCACCUUCCACCAUGUUUGUGAGGCCUCCCCAGCCACACGGAACAGUAUGUCCAAUAGCCCACUUUCUUUUUGUUAAUUGCCCAGUCUCAGGUAUGUCUUUAUCAGCAGCGUGAAAAUGGACUAAUACAAUGAUGAAUAUAAUAACUAAAAAACAAACAAACAAACCCAGAUUAGACACAGCAGAAGAGAAAGUUCCUGAGAUGGUAGACCUUAAUUAAUUACCCAGAAUGCAGCAAGGAAAACAAGACAGUGGAAACUAUAAAAGAGGUGUUAAAAAACACUGAGAAGAGUUUAAGAAGGCAGAAUAUUUUCUUACUUGGAGGAAGAGUAGGAGAAAUUCAGAGAGUGGUGCAAUUCAAAGAGAUGAUGCCUGAGAACUUUCUAGAAAUAAUAAAAAAUACAAAAUUUCAGAUUUAGAAAAUACAGUGGUGUAUUUCAUGAAGAAUAAAGAAGUAAUUUCCUGACAACUUAUAGUGAAAUUUCAGAAGGAGGAUAUAAAAUAGGACUGGGAUAUCACUUAGACAAACAGUUGACUUUUCUAAGCCUAAUACAAAAGCUGGAAGAUGAGGUGCCAAGGGGAAAAGCUGUCCAGUGAGAACCGUUAAUCCAGUUAAAACAUUUUCAAAAUUAAGUACUAAAACAAACCUAGAUUAGACACAGCAUAUAGACAAAAACAGAUAAACAAAACCGGGGAGGCUUGUAGUCAAUUGAUCUCUUGGUAAAAGCAUAUCUAAAGAGUAUACUGAAAGAAAGAAAAUAAGUCCAGAAAAAAAAAUCUGAGAAUCAAGAAGACAUAGAAUAUUAAAAAAUAAUUACAGACUGGAAGAUAUUUGCAAUAUAUAUGUCCAAAAAAGAAUGGUAUCCAGAAUGUAUAAAAGGCUCAGACAAGCUAAUUUGAAGAAAGGGUAAAGAACUUAAGCAGGCGCUUCAUAAAAGAGGAUAUUCAAAAGGAUAAUGAACAUAAAAAUCUGCUCAAAAUCACAGCGAUCUUUAGGCAAAUGCAAAUUAAAACCACCACAAGAUAUAUCAUUAUAAACCUACCAGAUGGCUAAAAGUUUUUUUAAA